AUGUCAUUUACAAAUUUUAUUGCUAAAUUUAUGACCUCCGAAGUUAAGCAUGAGCUCAAAGGGUUCAAGAUGACAGAUGUAAAUAGAACUCGAAAAGUUGGGAUCGCUUCUCGUAGUCUUCAAGAAUUAAAACGAAAAGCUUGUUUAAAAUUCAACGUAACCAAUGACAUUGCAGAGAUCAAUAUAUACCUUUUAGAUGGUUCUUUAAUUGAUGAUGAUGAGUAUUUCCGCACCUUGGAAUCUCAAACAACUUUGAUCCUUCAGAAACCUGGAGAAAAAUUAUUUUCGGAUGCAGAUUUACUGUAUGAAAUACUUAAAAAAAUCAACAUCGAUUAUCUCACAGCAGGUGAACAAGCUUAUAAAUUUUUAUCAGACAAUCUAAAAAAAAAAGUUGCAAUUUUGAACACCGUAUUGAAUACAGAUGAUUCUAAGACUACUUUUAGUAAAAGAGAUGAUCAUCCAGAGUGGUUUAAAGGAUUGGAAAGUAACGUCUUGACUAAGGAAGCAUACAUGCAUCGUAGAUGCCAGGACAGAAUACGUGGGUAUUUAUAUAAAGCAAUUGAACAAAUUAAAGCAUCUAAUACGUGGUUAACUAACCAUGAAGCGAGAGCACGACUGUAUGAUGUGAUUAAUUAUUUUAAAUUACAACUCAAAGAAGAUCAUUACUUUGGAUACUACUUCGAUCGAAGUCGUGCUUAUAAAAAAAAAGUGAAUCACUUAUUAGAUACAACGGAUGGAGCUUAUAACGAGUGUUACAGCCAUUGUCCUUGCCAAAUUAAACUAUUCAAAACAGAACAAAAAACUGAUCAAGAAAUAGACACUCUUGAAGAUGAAAUUGAUGCUAAAAAGGUAUCUCUUGAUAAUCAGCGUGAAAUUAGGAAAAUAACUGUUGAUAAUAAGAAAAUUCCAUCACAUAAAAUAUUUUCUCGGAGAGGAAGUGAGGAAUAUGCACUUUGCGAUGCGAGAGGAGAAUUCAAAUGUCAAGGUAUUUGGAAUGCGACCAACUGUGCUUAUGGAGAAAAACAUAAGAUUAAUCCAUAUCGAUCGUAUGAAGAACUUGUUCUUUUUUCAACUUGGAAUUUAGAUCAUAAAAUUGAAAGAUCACGUACUCUGGUGCCGCAGUUGAUAAAGUUAUCUGAAGAAGAUUUAAUUAAAAGUGAUGAUGUUUACGAAUGUUACAGUAAUUUAUUUACAGUCAAAAAUUUAAACCUUGUACAUAUUAUAUGUCACGACAAAGGAUCUCAUAUGAACAAUUUUCGCAAUUUAGAUUUAAAAUAA